GGUAUCGUGGAUAACAAAAGGAAAUCUCGCGUUUUUUUCUUUUUCUUAGGUAACGAAAUCGAAAGCAGAACUUUCCCGGGUGGUGCAGAAGAAGGUUAGCAACAAAUGGAGGAAGGCGUGUCUUUUUGCGGCUGGAAAGCUGUUAAAGACCGCAGUAAAUCUCUGUCCGAGAACCAGGAACCGAAGUCAGGUCGCGUGUAUACAAUGUUCCACGGCACACAUCUGACAAUCGCCAAAACCAUAAUUGAUAAAGGGUUUAAGCCCUCUAGAGAUGGAAUGCUGGGGCCCGGGGUUUAUGUCAGCCGUAACAUCGAGAAAGCCAAAUGCUACCCGCCCAAUACUGACAAGAAGGACAAAGUCGUGUUCAAACUGAGGGUGCGUGUGGGGAAAGUGAAGAAAAUAGACUGCGACAAUCAUCCUCUCCAGAAAUCGUGGCACAGCAACGGGUACGACUGCGCGUGGGUUCCACCAAACAGCAACAUCUCCUCCAUCAAGUCCGGGCGCGAGGAGGACUGCGUGUGGGACCCCAGUCGCGUCAGCGUGGUUGACGUGGCGUGCUGCGUGGACGACGCUAAACGCAAGGAGCUUCGACGCAUGAUUCGCGUUAAGACGAAAACCGAGGGCUGCGACCUGUGCCAUCUCGACGCUUCUGGUGGCCACGAUGUUCAGCCCUGCUGGGAGUGCCGGGAGGACAUCUGCCCUUUUCAGAAAAAACACGCGUGUCGAAGCCGAAGGCUUGGUGAAAGGGAAAGAAUGUGACUUUCACUCUUCGUCUUUCAGAUAAUGAACUUUAAUGUGUCCCCAGACCUCUGAGUAUCUAACAUCUUUAAGUUCAACCUGAUCUCAUAAAAGUGCGUAUCAACAGUAUACCAGAUACAGGCCAACUCGUAGUUACGCAUACAUUGGCGUGUAUUGUAAGAAAAAGGUAGGAUUAGGUACACACCUAUCAUAUGCACGUGAAAACUGAGUAUUAUAUGCACGACAGAGUCUAUUUCUGGUUGUAUCGUUACCACGGGGUUUCUUUUUUUCAAUUUAUACAAAUUUCCAUUAGACUGGGUUGUAUGUAUAUUUUGGAAGCCUAGUUAAUGUAUGCAUAUGCUACUUUAUUCUACUCUGUGUCAUUUAUCUCUGUUUGUAAUCGUGUUAACAGAUGUACGUUGCAAGUUUCAUCAUCAAUUAAAAAAAUAUUGUUUCACGUUA